AACCACUGCAAUCCAACCACAUAGAUUUUAGCAGGUGUGCAAUCCACAAGGAGCUCGUCACAGAACACAGUCUAGAACACCACCGUGCAAACGACAGCCUGUAGGAAACCGUCAUGGCUGCCGGCGGUGCCGACCAAAGGGGGAAUAAUGCUGCGACGACGACUUUUGUGGUGCCAGCGGUGGCGCUGAGCUUGGGGAAGCCGAUGCCGCGGGUGGGCUUCGGCACGGCAACGGCGACGCUGGGCCAAGCGGAGGGCCGCGCCGGCGUGACGGAGGCGAUCCUCCGCGCCCUGGACGCUGGGUACCGCCACUUUGACACCGCCGCAGUCUACAACACGGAGGCCUCGCUCGGGGACGCGGUCGUUGAGGCCGUGCGCGCCGGGACUGUCGCCUCCCGUGACGAUCUCUACGUCACGUCCAAGCUCUGGAUCACCGACGCGCACCCCGGCCGCGUCCUACCGGCUCUCCACAGGACACUGCAGAAUCUGCAGAUGUCGUACGUGGACCUGUUCCUGAUUCACCACCCGGUGAGCAUGCGGGCGCCGGCCGACGACGAGGCUGAAGGAGCAGGCCCCGCGGUGGUGGUGAAGAAAGACCUGGUGGCCAUGGACAUGGAGGGCGUGUGGGAGGAGAUGGAGGAGUGCCACAGGCGAGGGCUGGCCAGGGCCAUCGGCGUCAGCAACUUCAGCUGCAAGAAGCUAGAGCACCUGCUCUCCGUCGCCAAGAUCCCUCCGGCUGUCAACCAGGUGGAGGUGAACCCGUACUGCCGGCAGGAGAAGGUCAGGAAUUUCUGCAGGGCCAAUGGUAUCCAGCUCUGCGGCUACUCUGCGAUGGGUGCGAGCGGCACAGCGUGGGCCAACAACUCCGUCAUGGACUCCCCUGUCCUCAAACAAAUCGCCCACGCUCGCGGCAAAACCGUCGCCCAGGUGUGCAUUAGGUGGGUUUACGAGCAGGGUGACUGCGUGAUCGUCAAGAGCUUUAACCAGAGCAGGAUGCGAGAGAACCUCCACAUCUUCGACUGGGAGCUCACCGACGAUGACCACCGCAAGAUUAGCGAGCUCCCUGAGUCCAGGGGCAACUACGAUUUCUUGAUCCAUGAAUCUGGGCCGUACAAAACAGCACAAGAGUUAUGGGACGGUGAGAUCACAGCCGGCCAAUCUAACCAAACGCCGCUCGUCUCCGACGACUGAUCAUACAGCUUUGUGAUCUCCUUUGUCACGAAGAAGGCCUGGAGUAUCUCUCUUUGUCAAGAUUCAAAUGGUUAGAAUAAAAUAUUUGUGA